AUGCCCGGGGUGAAGCUGACCACCCAGGCCUACUGCAAGAUGGUGCUGCACGGCGCGAAGUACCCGCACUGCGCGGUCAACGGACUGCUCGUGGCCGAGAAGCAGAAGCCGCGCAAGGAGCACCUGCCCCUGGGCGGCCCGGGCGCCCACCACACCCUCUUCGUGGACUGUAUCCCCCUCUUCCACGGCACCCUGGCCCUCGCCCCCAUGCUGGAGGUGGCCCUCACCCUGAUUGAUUCGUGGUGCAAAGAUAAUAGCUACGUGAUUGCUGGUUAUUAUCAAGCUAAUGAACGAGUAAAGGAUGCCAGUCCAAACCAAGUAGCAGAAAAGGUGGCCUCCAGAAUUGCCGAGGGCUUCAGUGACUCGGCUCUCAUUAUGGUAGACAACACUAAGUUCACGAUGGACUGUGUGGUCCCCACGAUCCAUGUGUAUGAACACCACGAAAACAAAUGGCGUUGCAGAGACCCGCACUAUGAUUACUGUGAAGACUGGCCGGAGGCCCAGAGGAUCUCGGCAUCACUCCUGGACAGCCGGUCCUACGAAACACUCGUGGAUUUUGAUAACCACCUGGAUGACAUUCGGAAUGACUGGACAAAUCCAGAGAUCAAUAAAGCUGUUCUGCACCUGUGUUAG